GCUCGUCGUCCUCUCCUUCCCCUCCUCUCCUCUCAAAACAGUCGCCUGUGCGGUGCCCGUGCCUCGCGAAGAAGACAAGUCCAACACUGUUGCUGCGUGACUGCUGAAUUUGCUCCACAGCUUCAUCAUCAGGGACGACAGGGGCCAAGGAAGACGCCAAGAACAGGAGGGAGAGAAAGCGAGAGAUCAUCCAUGGAGAACCUAAAGGAGCAGCGGGGCCAGGACGCGGCGGGCGGCAACGGCUGGAUGACGGUGCCGGCGUUCGGGGACUGGGACAUGAAGAACGGCGCGCUGCCGGACUACUCCAUGGACUUCUCCAAGAUCCGGGAGAUGCGGAAGCAGAACAAGAAGGAGCUCUCCCGCGCCAGCCUCGGCGGCGACGACGACCUCGCCCAGACCCAGCAGCAGCAGCAGCGCAACCAGGCGCAGGCCAAGGCGCAGCCUAAGCUCGGCCGCCCCGCCGACGACCACCGCCGGCCGCUCCACGACCGCGACCACUCCCCAACGGGAGGGAAGAAGUUUCUGAGCUACUUCCAGUGCUGUAUCAAGGCCUGAAAGAGGAAGUGCUGCCACUGCCUGUUCUGUGUGAAAGCACAAAACAUGUGAGCAAUUAGGUCUGGGUUUUGUUAAGUAUCCACAAAAGUGUGUAAUAUAUUUGUCCUUGUACGAAGAACAAACCAAACCAGUUUAUGGGGUAAACAGCGGUCUCCUUGUACGCGUCGUCAGCGAUUAGUUUGCGACUUGUGGUACAAUGUCACCCUGUAAUCUAAUAUAUUGGAGGGAGGAUUGGCAUCUGCUCCAUCUUUUUUUUGUUCGAGUGAGGGCCAUAAUUCGUUUGGAUUGGUUUUGGAACCACGAUGUGAAAAUAUAUGGAAAGAACAAGGGAUGACCCUGCUCUUCGCUCCAA